AUGAGUUCCUGGUACUCCAACCUCGUCACCAAAACCUCGUCCCAAAUCUCCAACCUCCGGUCUACCCUCCUUUCCAGCGAGGCCGAUGGCGACACCGAAGACGACACCCACGUCUGCCGCGUCCUGCGCAACUACUACACCGAAAAGGGCCGCCCGUUCCCGAACUGGCUGCCCCCUGACCCAAAGGCACCGCCGCCGCAGAUGACCCAGGCCGUAUAUGCCCAGUCGCAGGUCGGCUCGCGCUACGGUGGGCUUGGAGGGCCUCAACAGCCUGGCGCUGGGGGGCUCAGCAGUUUAUGGGACAACGGCCCUGCGCAGCCACCGCAGCCGCAAAUUCCGCAGAGCUUGCGGGCUGGACGACCGGCGACGACACAGCCCGGACCGUCUUCGAGGGACGAGCUGCUCGGGAGGGGGGGACAGGCACCUCGUGCAGGGAGCUAUUCUGGGCCUGGCCCGGCUCCCGCUGGAUCGGCGCAGGAUCGUUUGAAACAGCGACUUUGGGGAACCCGUACCACGAGCCCAUCCUCUAGCAACGGUAAUGGGCCGUUCCAACCACCUCCAGGCGGAGGAGGAUCUUACGAUAACUCCAGAGGAGGAGGCGGUGGUGGAGGAGGAGGAGCUGCUGCGAAUGGAGUACGAAGAAAAGGGCUGCCCAGCGGUCCACGGGGAUAUAGAUGA